ACAGUGGUGCACCAGGUCGUAGAUGACCAGAAACUGCUCGAUACACAGUGUGCCGUCAAACAGCUGUGUUUGUCUGAUGACAUCAACGACGAUGAUACUGCAAGUUCGAUCCCAGAUGAAAUAAACGCAUUAAGUAAAGCCAAACAUCACAGAAUACUUGAGUACUUUGGAUACAGUAGGGCUGCUAAUGUCGUAUCGAUAUUUACUGCUUAUAUUGAAAAGGGUUCAUUGGCUAAAUACAUAAAGACUCAAAAAGACCGCCACCUCACUGAAAAGCAAACUUCUAAGUUCACAUUUCAAAUACUUGAAGGACUUGAAUAUCUACAUGAACAGAGAAUAAUACACAGAGACAUCAAAGGAUCAAACAUUUUAAUGCAAGAUGAAGACAACAUAAAAAUAUCAGAUUUUGGUGUAGCAAAAAUCCUCAACACACUUUCACGUGCAACUACCAAAGGGAAAGGAACAUUCAACUGGAUGGCUCCUGAAGCCAUUCGGCUUAAGCCACACAACAAUAAAGUUGAUAUUUGGAGUCUGGGGUGCACGGUGUAUCAAAUGUUUGUUGGGAAAAUUCCUUUCCACGAAGAGGAGGAUUACUCAAUUACAUUAAAAGCGAUUAAAAACGAAUUAGCUUUGACGCCACCAGAACAUUGUUCUAAACAUCUACGAAGAUUUCUGAAGCGUACAUGCGAUAAAGACCCUUCUAAAAGACCAAGUGCAACGGAAUUACUGAAGCAUAGUUUUUCAAAAGUUUUUCAAAGCUGCAACGUCACUAAUGAAGAUGACACCGAUUCUUCUGAAGAUGAACAAUCAAGUUCUGUUGAGUUUGCAAAAGAACCUAAACUUUCUUUUCCUGAACAACUUGCUCGAGCCCAACAGACGAUUAAUCUAGGCGUGCCAAUAACCAAUUGGCCAGCAAUGUUUCAGGGAGGGACCAGUCACAUUGACAAUGACAGAUAUUUAAGCAGUAAAAUCCCCGAAUACUAUGCCAUUCAGUAUGCAGCAACGAUCAGUGAAAACUGGGAGCAUCUUUUCCUUCAAUUAGAUUUCACCCCAGAGGAGACUGCGCAGGAACUGAGUGAUUGUUCAAAUGACGUCAAACAAACAAUCACCAAUCUCCUCGUCAAGUGGGUGAGUCGCGAGGGCGAAAAAGCGACACAUAAAAACCUAGAGGCUGCAAUGAAGAAAGCGGAGGAAUCGAAUCAACUUAAAGUCGAUUGGGGCGAAUUUUUAUACAUACUUCUUGAUUUUAAGGACAAUAAUAAGAAAGAAUUUAAUGCUAAAUUUAAUGCGUUUGUUUCAGGGAUGUAA